AUGGGUCUCUUUGAGAAGCUACAAUCAAAACUCGAACUCUACCGCCUCGAGCAGAAAUAUGCUCGCCGCAAGAACAGAACCACGUUCAGCACUGGCGCUCAGUAUGUCGACGGAGAAUAUGUCUAUUCCGGUGGACCAGACUACUUGGGCAGUCCCGUUUCCGCAAACUCGACGGGCAGCUCGGACAAUUCGAACAAGAGAAGGACCAUGUUCUGGACACCGCCUGAUCAGCGCAGGUGA